UAAGAGCGAAGUAAGAUGGCAGCGUCCAUUAUGUGUCAGUCCAGGCUAAGCUGAGUGAACUGUGAAGGCUUGAAGUUGAACUAAAUAUAACUAGUUUUCAUAUUAAUAUUAUCAUGGAGUAAACUUUCCCUUAUUGCAUUAUGCGUUUCCAUAUUAAAUCAAUUAUGGCUGUAUUCGUCGUGUUGUGUGCGUGCUACCUUCUGUACACACUCGCUCAGAGCAAGAAUGAAAAUAGAAAUGCAUCUCAGAGAUCAAAGGAAAAUAUCAUAGGAAUAGACUCAGGCUUCAAUGAUGAUGUACGUGAGUUGCCACCAAUUCAGGCUGGACCAAGCUACAACUCUAAAGCUAUCCCUAUAGUGAUAGCAUCAGACAAAGUUACGUUGCCUGGAGCUAUAGCAACAAUAAACAGCAUUGUGCAGCAUACCAAUCAUUCUGUGAAGUUUUAUUUAGCAACAUCGCAUCAAAGUUAUGACCACUAUAGAGCAUGGUUGGCAAACACAAAGUUGCGAAAUGUACAACGAUUAAUCAGGAUUUUUAAUGAAGACCUCGUUAAGGGAAAAAUAAAAGUUCGUGGAGGCAGGGAGGUCUUAGGCAGUCCGAUGAACUAUGCUAGAUAUUUUGCUCCUCAACUAUUUCCUGAGAUACGGGGUCGAAUGGUAUACAUUGAUGAUGACAUCAUUGUCCAGGGUGACAUCGCUGAGCUCUACAACACGGAUCUCGGAGAGGGGCACCUGGCAGCAUUUGCUGAAGACUGCCAUUCGACAUCGAAACGCUUCAGUUUCUACCCGACUACGUACAGCAGCUACGUGAACUUCAGGAACGCCCAUGUGAAGGCCCUGAACAUCGAUCCGGAAGCGUGUUCAUUCAACACGGGCGUCUACGUCGCCGACGUAGCCGCCUGGAAGCGCGAGAACAUCACUGCCGAACUCGUGCGCUGGAUGGAGCUGAAUACUAGAGAGGAUAUUUAUGGAAAUCAGAAGGGUGGUGGGGGUUCGCAACCUCCCAUGAUGAUCGUGUUCUAUAAUCGCUACUCAACUCUCGAUCCUCUCUGGCAUGUCAGAAGCCUGGGCCUAUCUGCAGGCACCAGGUACUCAUCUGAAUUUGUUCACAAUGCGAAACUUCUACACUGGAGCGGACCACACAAGCCGUGGGAGCGGGUGGCUGCCUUCCAAGAGAUCUGGGACAAAUACUUCAUUCCAGAUCCAUCGAAGAAAUUUAAGCUGCUGCGUCGGAAGUCGAGCUAGCUCGCGGGGGGAAACAGAGUCACUCGCUGCACACACGUCUCCUCUCGAGAUCACACACUGAAAGGACCGGCGUUGGGCGAAAGAAAUCCGAUUACCAGUUACGAUCUCGGGGUCAUUCUGUUAAAGGACCAGCGUUGGGGGAAGGAAUCUAAUUACCAGUUAAGACGUGAUGUGAAAUCAGGUGCCAUCUUCUGCAGUCAAUGAAUAUACACACUUUUAUGUACAAGGUGAUGUCAAGGUUAUAUGGACGACGUCCAUGUACCAUAUAAGGUUGAACAUUUCUUUCGAAUUUCAUGUUGUUGUGCAGGUGAUGGAAAAACGGUUCACUCCACUCGACAGAAUAAAAUUCCUUGUAAUGUGCGUUCAGAGUUAUACGAGUGGAAAUUAUGAACUUGAAUAUUUGUAUGUAGGUAUUAGUCUUGUCAUUAUUGAUAUUUUUUACAUCAUGGCUGUGCCAUCACUUUUUUAUACUCAAAAUGUGAAAUGAAGUUAUAUAAAGUAUUUUAGUAUCCUUGCCAAAUUUGUAGCUUUAUUUAUAGCCAACAAUUUAUUAAAACAACUCUAUAUAUACUUUACUUAUAGAAUCCUUUGUACCUGAUAUACAAACAGCUUCGAAUCGAUUUUUGUAUGGUAACAGUUGAAAUUUAUCAUGAUGUACAUCCUCGUUGAAAUUUUAUACAUUCACUUGCACAAGAUUUCAUGUUGCAAUUUGCAUUGUAGAGUAAUAUACGGUUAUCGGUUUGCUUCCAAUUGCCCAACAUAUACAUAACCAGCAUUUGUAAAAUGAUGACAAAAAACAAUAUGAUCAAUUAAUAGGUUUGUCAUGUAACUUUUGUGAGAAUGUUUCUGUGGUUUCGUGCAAUUUUGAGGCAUACAGAGGCCGUGGUUGUGUCUGUUUUAAUAAUAAAUUAUAUCAUGACUA